AUGCCUCCUUUUAAAGAUGAGCAUGUGCUCAUCAUUGCGCCUGGCUCGCAAAUCACCGCCGCGCAGCUCGGGUUGCCCGAAUCUUUUACCCCUCCGAGGUAUCGCUUUCCCACGCGCAUGUUCGCGGGCGCGAACCCUGGAGAAUGGGAACCCAUCAAGAUCAGAACCAAGAUCACGACGAAGCCGAAAGUGGUCGGACCGGAACCCGCGCCCGCUCCUGCGCCUGCUGAGCCGGAACCGAUUGAGGUCGAGGCCAAACCAGAUAUUCCUCUUACAGAUGGCGAGGAGAAAAAGGCUGAACAAGCAAAUGGCGACCAGAUAAAUGGGGGAGCGGCUGAGGCUGAGCAAACCAAUGGCGAAGUUCCCCAAACCACGCAGCCAAAUGGAGAACCAGAACCCCAACCCAAGGUGGAAGAACCGCCAGCCGAUGAGCAAGCUAAAGCUGAAGAGCCAAAACAAGAACCUGCUCCGUUGGAGGAUGUCGAGAUGAAAGAGGCUCCUGCAGCUGAGGAAGCCUCUAAACCCGAGACUGGGGACACUGAGAUGGCUCCGCAGCCGGACCAGGAAGCACAACCCGCAGCACCCCAAGAAGGAGGAGAAGCCACGGCCGAAGUUGAAGAGGAAACCACAGAAGUUUUCGAGGACGACCAUUGGUCUACCGAAGGCGCUGUCUACCCGAUCAAGGAAGGACACAUUGAGAAUUGGCCAUGUUUCUUUGCCCUUCUUUCGCACAUCUACAACAUGAUCUCCCCACCCUUCCAUAUGCCGGUCCUCUUCGUUGCACAGCCGUGUUGGAGCGCCAGAGAUCAUGAAAUGAUUACCCAAUACGUCUUUGAACAUUGGAAGAUUCCAGCCUUCUGUCUAAUGGACGCCGCGUUGACGGCGUGCUAUGCAUAUGGCGUGCCGACUGCGCUGGUGUUGGAUGUCGGGCACGAGAAAUGUGAUGUUAGUGCAGUUACAGAUUUUCAGGUGAACGAACUUGGACGGGGCAUGGCGCUUUCUGGUUGUGGCGGACGCGCGAUGACACUUCGGCUCCAGCAGUUGUUGGAGAGCCAAGGGUUCGACGAAGAUAUGGCAGAGCAAUUGAAAAAGAGCCCGAUCUGCGAGAUUUUGCCUGUUGGAACGCCCUAUCCAAAGUCUAUCACCAGCAGCACAGCUGUUGUUGCCCCCAAUCCUGCUGCCGCGGCAUCUACAGGAGCGUUGGAUUCUGGCAUGAACGCAAAGGAUGGCGAGGGACUGAGACCGGGACAGGCACCUCGAGGUCCAGGGAUGGGAACCAUGGUUGGUGAAGAAGGUCCUAAUGGCGAUGAAGAGGACAAUGAAGGUGUUCUUGAUGUCGCGGCCAUCGUUGCGCGCGACAACGCUGCCGAGUUGCUCGCAAAGCGCGAACGGGAAAAGGCCGAAAAAGCCGCGGCGAAGAAAGGUGGCGCCGUUGAUGCUGCCAGACAAGUCCGACUACGCAACUCAGAACGAGAACACGCUUCUUUCACCUAUGUGGACUUUGUCCCGGUGGAGGAGUCGACGGAAGGAGGUCUGCCCUUGAGUCGAAAACGAAAACGGGAGAUUGAAGUUGGGGUGGAACGAUUCAUGGCAACAACUCCCGCUCCAGGAGCUUCUGAGGGCAUCAUCGACAUAAUUGCCGAGGCGAUCCAUCAUACCAUCUCGAGUGUUCCAGACAUUCCCCAGCGGGCGACACUCUGGGACAAUCUGAUCAUAUUGGGAAAUGGAAGUCGAAUCAGAGGCUUCACGUCAAACCUUCUCUCGGUGCUCAACUCACGAUAUGUGUUGUCUCCGUCAACUGCCACCAUUUUUACCUCUGAGCUCCCCUCGAAUUUCACAACUCCGGUCGCCACGCCCGGCACAAACACACCCAUUCCCGGCCAGGGAAACCACGCCUUCCAUAAUCCGGGGGGUCAUGGUGUUAACCCUUUGCUUGUUGCCGCAACCAAGAACAUGAUGCAGCCUCACACGCAACCGCACCAUCUUCAAGUGCCUGGCAUGAAUCCUUCUCUGGUAGGGACACCAACGCCAAUGGGCGGGUCCGAUCCAAACAACCCCAUGUCGACAAUCUCCCACCAACAUAGGGGAUUCUCCCAGACGCCCAUCUCCAUCAAAGUCGUCAAACCGCCCGAAUAUUUCCCCGAGUGGAAGACCCCAGCCAUGUCCGGCAUGGAAGAAGCUGGGUUCUUGGGGGCUCAAGUGGCUGCUAAAGUGGUGUUCAUUGUGGACCAGGGUAACAGCAAGGGAUUCCUGAGCCGGAGCGAGUAUAACGAACUCGGUCCUGGCGGAAUCCACGAAUGUGCCAUGUAG